AUGAUUAGAUUUCUAAUCGUAAUUAUUCACUUUUAAUCAAUUAUUACACUACAACUUUAGGAAAUUGAUGUAAAGUAAGGUGUGACGAUAUUUAACCUGACCUAAAAACGAUUUAAUUAGACGUUCUAAUUGAAAAUAUUAAAAGAAGAAACAUUUAGAUAUCUAUUAAUUGAGUUAUUUGUUAAAUUUACAUCUAAAUCAUCAGCAAACUUAGUUUUAUUAUAGUAAUAUGGAAAUGCUCCAUUUUAUGAUUUAAAGUCUUAAAAAAAACGAAUACUUUGUGAUAACUUUGAUGUGAAUGGGUAAAAAUUAUUGACUAUUAAGUAAGGCAAUAGUUAUCAAAAAAAUAUCAUUAUUUACAAUUAAACUUGGAGGAGAAUAGAAAUAAAGAAUCAUAUUUGACAAUUCUCACAAAUAAGACUUUAAAUUAUUAGUUAGUAUUUACAGUUUCUGAUAUACAGAAAUGUCCUAAUAAUUGUAACAAUAGGGGAUAAUGUAUAGUAAAAUAUUAAUUAAUAUUAUUACAAAGAAAGGGAAGUGUUAAUGUAAAUAAGGAUUUAUAGAUGAGGAUUGUUUUUAAUCUGCAGAGUUUUUUUCACCUUUUAUAAAGUCAAAGAUUUCAAUAUCUUAAGAAUAAUACAUUUAUACAAUUUUCAACACUACUACUAAUUAUAGAUUAAGCCUUUCAUUUGAUUUAGAGAAUAAGACAAAAUCAAAAAUUAAUAUAUAAAUGUUAGUUUCAUAACAUCAUAAUCUUCCAUACAAUAUCAAAAAUAACUUUAAUUAAACAGUUUAGGAUCAGAAAAGGAUUGAAAUUAAGCUAUUAAAGGAUAAUUAUUUUUAAAGUAGUGGAGAAUUUUCUCAAAGUUUUUUAGUUAUUAAAUUAUAAUCUUAAGAAAAGAUUAAUUAUAAAAUAAUAAUAGACUUUUAAACAUAAUACUUUUAAUAAGGAGAAGAACUAUUAACUAUUAUUUUAGUUGUUUGUUUUGCUUUAUUUCUGAUUUUUAUUAUUAUAUCCAUACUUAUUUAUUGUUUUAGAAGACAAAAUAUUGAAUCAUAAAAUAAAUAUUAAUUUUAAAUUCCUUAGUAAAGUGAUAUAGAGAGUAAUAGAGAAUGUUCAAUUUGUUUAGUUGAUUUUAUAACAACUAAAAAAGCACUUGAGCAAUGUGUUUAAACAGAUUGUAAACAUAUAUUUCAUAAAGAAUGUCUAAAUCAAUGGUUAAAAUAUCGAUAAACUUGUCCCAUAUGCAGAGUAGCACUAAAAUGA